ACAAGUGAGGGAUCGCAAAGGAGUGUUUUGGUGCGGGUUAAAAUGCAACGAUAACGGUUGAAAUAGAAAAAAGAAAAACAGUGUUUUGGUGAAGCUGAGAAAACAAAGGUUUAGAUCACCUCUGAAAUUCUGCUAUGGCCUCAACCAGAUCACUCAUUCUUUGUCUGUUCAUUCAACUGUGCUUCUACCUUCUACCCCUCUCAUUCGCUCAAUCCCCCGCCACCGGGUCUGCCGAAGGUUACACCAUUUAUGGUCGAGUGAAGAUCCCCAGUGUGGGAACAAAAGAUUAUAUUCUUCCUGGAAAAAUUUCAAAUGUCAAAGUCAUACUCAAUGGUGGUCAAAGAGUUACUUUUCUGAGGCCUGAUGGAUAUUUCGCAUUCCACAAUGUUCCUGCCGGGACACAUCUAAUUGAAGUGGCUGCAAUAGGCUAUUUCUUUUCUCCGGUACGAGUUGAUGUAAGUGCCAGACACCAUGGCAAAAUUCAGGCAGCACUGACAGAAAAUAGGAGGGGACUUAGUGAGUUUGUCUUGGAGCCAUUGAAGGAUGAACAAUAUUAUGAGGUUAGGGAGCCAUUCUCUAUUAUGUCCAUUGUGAAAAGUCCAAUGGGUCUGAUGAUGGGAUUUAUGCUGAUUGUUGUCUUCCUCAUGCCCAAAUUAAUGGAGAACAUGGAUCCAGAAGAAAUGAGGCGUGCACAAGAAGAAAUGAGAAAUCAAGGAGUUCCAUCUUUAGCAAGCCUGUUACCUGGUGCUGCAAGAAGCAACUAGGUGUAUGAGUAACGGAAAACCAGUGAGCAAGUUGGUUACCCCCAAGCAGGAGCUGAAAAAAUGACAUACGAUGAUUGGAGAAUUUUCUUGUGACAAAUUGAUAGCGAUGGAAAUCUUUCGAUUAUUUAUGUAGUGAAUUAGUAAAAAUUUGAAAUUUCUGAUAGAGGUUUAUAUGUUUGAUUUGAACAGUCGGGAGUAGGUUUCUACGUAAUUCUUGUUCACUUUCUCGUCAAUGUUGAUAACCAUGCACUGAUGGAUGAUUUUUUUUUUUUUGGUUUACUUAUAGAAACUGUUAAUUUCCACUUUUGGUCCUUUUGCUUGAAAAAGGAAUUGAUUUAUGAUCUGUUUUGGCCGCA